AUGAAAAAGGUGGAAUCGAGGUCAAGGGAUGAAAUCAGCUUCCUUCCAGAUGAGAUACUUGCACAUAUCUUGUCCUUCCUCCCCACGAAACGAGCUGCUUCCACAUCAAUCCUCUCCAGACGAUGGAGGAACCUGUUCACACUAAUGAUUCGUAUCUUUGCAUCUCAACACCAUCUCAUAUUUGACGAUACAAAUUUGCUUCAUCCCGGGAAAACAUAUCACAUGAGAGAAGUUGCUUGGAAGAAUUUUAGGGCUCUCGUUGAGACCACACUGUCUCUACUACAACUACAACAACAACAAGACGGUAAUCGCAAUAACUCGUUAAAGAAAUUGUCAUUGAUAUAUACAGAUGGUAUUAACCACUCUAUGGCUCAUACCAACCAACUGAUAUCGAAAGCCUUAGAACUAGGCGCCCCGGAUCUUUAUCUGCGUAUCAUGCCUUUGAUUAUCGGGGGAAAGGGAUACCAUCUCUACAAGUGUCUACCGUCCACUGCCUUCACAAGCAAGACACUGGUGAAGCUUACAUUAGAAACAGCGCUUCGUAUUGGAGAUGUUCCUACAGGGAAGUUUAUGCUUCUAGGCUUUGAUCACUGGGGUAGCAAUGGUGGUUUUCCCUUGUUUGGAAAUCUCGUUAAACUAUCUUUCGAAUGUAAAACCAAAAAGGGUUCGAAAGUUCUUUGGAGCCUGAUCAAAAACUCUCCAAAGCUAGAAACUUUGAUUCUCAAGGGGUUUUGUUAUAUAAGAAGAAAUCGCGAGAAUAUUAAUGAUGCAAAUGUAGUGAAGGUGCUGGAGAUUCGUGGGUACAAAGGAACUGGUAGAGAAGUGAUUCAAGUGAAAAGUUUCUUGUGGGAGCUUGAGUUUCUUCAAGUAAUGAAAGUACAAGUUGAUGAGAAGAUAGAUGAUGACAAGAAGUUGCAACUCACCAAAGACGUUCUAGCUCUACCUAAACGUUCUUCCAGUUGCCAAAUCCAGUUCUUGUGA